AUGUCUAUUGUAAGAAUAGAUUCAAUAGCCAUUCGAGAUUCUCUGUUAAAAUUUGGUGAAAAACGUGGUUUAACAAAAACAUUUUGUCCAUCUGAAGUGGCACGACAAUUAUAUGGUGAGAAAGAUGAAGGUUGGAGAGAGUUAAUGCAACCCGUUCGUGAUGAAGCUAAAAAACUAAUUAAUGAAAAUUUAUUAGUUUGUAUACAACAAGGACAAAUUACCGAUAUCGAAAAAGCAAGAGGACCGAUUCGUUUACAAAUUAAGAAAUAA